UCACCACCACCAUCAUAACGUCUCGGGUGAAUCGUUGCUGGAGAUGCCGAGUCAGGGGGUGAUGUUCCCGACCUAUAGUGGGGGCAGCCAUCCCUCGUGUGAGCUCCUGACCACCUUCUCGCCCGGCCCUGUGGUGGUGACCCAGGUGACCUCCGCCCGCUCCUCCCGCCGCUCCUCACCCCUCAUGCGCAAGUCCUCCACACGCAGCGCACCCGGCGGGAGUUCCCCAAGGAGGACGCGCCCCCGAGCUGCCUCAUGUCGCGGUGGUCCUGUUCAUGUCCUUGAGGUGGAGGCGGAUGACAUCACAACACCGCGGGUCGAGAUUCACUCCCCGUCAAGGCUCUCCAGGCUCAGCUUACGGAACCUACGCCGAAGGGAAUCCCAGCCUAUCAUGAACCGGGAAUCCCAGUCCGUGCUGAGCCUACCGCAUUCCCAGGAGGUGGAAGGGACCCAGGGAGCGUUAACCCCCUCCAACGUGCAGCCUCAGCCUCAGAGUGAGGUGCAGAUGGAGCAGAGUGUGAUGGGGCUGACCGAGGAGCAGAUAGGUUUUGAUACUCUCCAGCCCCCGCAGCCAGUCCUCGAGCCCCAGCCUGAUGUAGCACUGCCCCCAGAACCCCAGGCUGUCCUCCCUCCCCUCACAGCUCCCUACGUCCACCUGACACCUCCCCCUGGGCAUGUCUCCCCUGCACCAUUACCCCAGCAGCUGGCUCUCUCCCCCCAGGUCUCCCAGCAUCACCUCUCCCCGCACCCCACCUCGCACCCCCUCCACCACCCCCCGCCCCAGCCCCUCCACCCGCAGAUACACACAGUCUCGCUCCCCCAGGUAAUGUACCCCGCCGCCCUCCCCCAUAUGGCCCCGAUCCCCGUGGUUGAGCCCCCCCCGCAGUCCCCCCUCACCUCUACCCCCCAGCUUCACACCUCCGCACUGCUCCUCCGCACGACGCCCCAGUACACCAUCACCAUCCCCCACGGCACGUACACCCCGGCAGGCAUCCCCCCCAGCACCCAGGAGGGCCUUGCGCCAUCACCACUACACCCGCCACCACCACCACCACGACACAACACCAUUGCCACCACCUCCACGUCCCUUCCACACGUCAUCACCACUCUCUCGCACUUCCCGCAGAAUGCCACACCCACACCCACCUCCACUGUGCUCUACACCACCACCCUCCCCCCACACCACCACCACCAUUAUACCACCGCCGCCACCACGCUGCCCCGAGGUGGAUGCGCAGGUGGAGGAGGUGGAACGCUCUCCCGCUUGGCCUCCCAGAUCCACCCGUCGGUGCAGGGGGCGGAGAGUGGAGUCCCCCUGCAAGUUCUCUACCUCCCCCAAGAGAGCGCCGCCCCCCACCUCUCUCUCCAGGAAACUGCCAUCGACCCCCUCCUCUGUACCUCCACCGGCGCCCCCUGUUCCUCCUCCACCUCCAAUAACAACGUUCAUUCCACUUUUCGCUACUCUGAGUGUUAUUUAUCCUCCUGA